GGCGAUGGCGGGCGCGGGGCGGUGCCGUGUCCCCGGUGGCGGUGGUGGCGGUGGUGGUGUCCCGCACGCCUCGGCCCCCCGCGAGAGGAUGGGGGCGUCUCCCCCGCCUCCCCGCCGCCCGGGCCCGGCCUUGGGGCUGCUGCUGCUGCUGGGCCUGCUGCUGCCGAGACCGCCCGCCGUGGACGGUGAUUGUGGUGUCCCCAAAAGGUUAACAUCUGCCCAGCUCAAGGAAGAGUUCAGAGGUCAACAGAAGUUUCCUCAUGGAGCCCAGGUGCUUUACGAAUGCCGUCCAGGCUAUUCCAACCCUUUCAGAAAACCAGUUAAUAUUACUUGUUUAGAAGAUGAUGAGUGGUCCUCCAUCUCUGAGUUUUGUGAAAGGAGAUCGUGUUUAAACCCUGGAACACCACCUAACGGCAGGGUUGACAUACCAGAGGACCUCAAAUUUGGUUCUCAGAUUCAUUAUACUUGUGAAGAAGGAUUUAAGUUAAUAGGCUCUCCUACUAGCACUUGUGAACUCGUUCAUGGAAAGGUUGCUUGGAGCGAAGACGAACCAAUUUGUGAAGCAAUUUCUUGUCUUCCACCUCCGAAAAUUGCUCACGGGACGAGCAAUGCUGGGGACGAGGCUUCCUAUCCCUAUGGUUCUGCAGUAACUUAUGAAUGUGAACACUCCCCAAGAGGUUCUGAUAAGUACUCGCUGAUUGGAAAUCACACCAUUUCCUGUACGCUAAACAGCAAGAACGAAGGAGUUUGGAGCAGUGAACCCCCUAGAUGCGAAGUGGUCAAGUGCACAAAACCUGCAGUCUCCAAUGGAAAAAUAACUUCAGUUUAUAAAUCGGAAUAUAAUUAUCGAGACACAGCGAUGCUCGAGUGCAAUAGUGGCUAUGUGUUGCGAGGCCAAAGUGUCAUUGUCUGUGAAGUUGGAGAUAAAUGGAGCCCUGCCAUUCCAGUUUGUGAGGAAGAAUAUGACCUUACUAACCUGAAAAUCCCCAAUGGAAAAGUCUUAAGCUCAUCAAAAACGGUUAAGGAAGGAGAUAUUGUUACAGUUGAAUGUGAUUCUAACUACUCAUUGGAGGGUAGCAGGCACAUUAAGUACAUCGGUCAAGGAAAUUGGGAGCCUAAGGUACCAACCUGUACAUUGAAGCUUGAAUAUGACCUUACUAACCUGAAAAUCCCCAAUGGAAAAGUCUUAAACUCAUCAAAAACGGUUAAGGAAGGAGAUGUUGUUACAGUUGAAUGUGAUUCUAACUACUCAUUGGAGGGUAGCAGGCACAUUAAGUACAUCGGUCAAGGAAAUUGGGAGCCUAAGGUACCAACCUGUACAUUGAAGCUUGAACCAUCCAAACCUCCUACUUCUCUACCUCCAUAUGUAAUUGAUGUGAUUAAGAAGCCAGAAGUUCCUCAUGGACAGGUUAUUCAUCCAUCCCCUAUGGUUAAAAAAGGAGAGAAUAUCACUAUUGAAUGUGAUCCGGGCUACACCUUGAAAGGCAGCAGUCAAAUUCAGUAUCUUGGUGGUAAUAAAUGGAAUCCUGAUAUUCCGACUUGCAAUUUCAGUGUGGUCAUUAUCAUUAUUCUUGUAGUCCUCCUCUUUGCUUUUGUGACUGUGCUUGUUGUUUGCCUAUGCCGAUACCACAAUAAAAGGAAAGGCACAUACAUAACUGAUGAAUGCGUCAAAGAAGAAACAGGUUUAAAUUUUAUUGUACCCAAUGAAGACGCUUGUUGAAAGAAAGGUUUACUUAUGUCAUUAAAAGGAAAAGUGCUUCAGCUUCAGUGAGAGCAGAGUAUUCUGCUUGCCACCGAUGACCAGUCCAUCACAUCUGGAGGACUUUGGAAGAUUGAAGGCAGGAAUUCAUAUUUAUCCCACGUUUUCCAGCUGGAAUACUCUAGUUUCCCAAAUUCUAUUUCCUUUGUGACAUCCCUCUGCCUUUUCUUUCACACUCAUGUAUACAACUUUGUAAGAAAACUGAAUUUUUAAUGAUCAGUUGUAUUAACUGAGCACUUAUUGUGUGCAGAGCACUGUACUAAGCGCUUAGUAGGGUCUGGCUUGUCUCUGAAUGAACCCUUUAGUUGCCUUUCUUGCCACUUCUGCUGUUGUCGGGAAGUUUGCCUCCCUGAAACCCUGCCGUUUUUGGUUGAACCUGAAGUGAAGGAAGAUAAGUCCAUCUUAAAAUUAUUUUCUCAUCGGGUUGUAUGUACUCACUGCUGAGUCUAACAUUCCUCUGUGUGUUUUGUUUUUGAAAGUAAGUUUCUUUCGAAGGCAGGAAUUGCUCUAUCUGAAUGUAUGCAGCCAUUUCUGGAGAAAAAUCAGUUUUACAUUCUGCAGGUUUUUUUAGAGGGUAUAUCAUCUAUCGGCCUCUGAUUCUGCUCCACAAUUGAAUUUGUCUUUCAUGUGAUUGAAGUUUGGCGCAAAUGUCUUUUCAGGGACUAUUAGCAGAGGUAGGGUUGGGAGGAGAGGCGCUGGGCUCAGGAGAAAUAAUGUGCUCUUCAAAACCAACGGCAGGUAAAGAUUGGCAACUUUGGCACUCAAGCAUCCAUCCGACCCAAAAUUCUGUGUUGUUUCCAGGUCGGCACCCCCCCUCCCGGCCUGGACUAUGUAGCCUCCCUUGCCUCUGCAGUUAUCUUUCACAUUUUGCUGCCGUUGCUCUUCAGACUGGCUCAAUAUUGCUAGCGCCUAUUCUAGACUUUAACAUUUUGGGGUAAUUGAAGGGGUGAAGGUGGGGAAACAGAUCCCCAUAUUUAAAGAGAAGACCAGAAGCUAAGAAAUGGGUGGGUGGGUGGAUGGAUGUCUGAGAUGGCCAUUUCGUAUUUUCAGUGGUUGGAAAAUUGAAGCAGACCCGAGGGACCCACAAGAAUUACACUGCUAAUUCUGUUUAGAGGUCGUUGGCUAGCAACCAAAAUGCCAGUGAAAGAUGCAAAAUGAUCACAUGUGGCCUUACAGCAGAAUUCAGUAUGCUGAACCCUAUUUCUGGGGGUUGGAGGGCCUAUGGAAAAAAGAGCAAAAAGCUGUAGACUGGGUUUCUUGCCAGCAUUUAAGAAUACUUUUAGCUAAAGCUACAUAAGCUAUUUUUCUAAGCCAAAGAAACCUUGCUCGAUGGAAACUUACUUUGACACAGACAUUUCCUUUUCAACCUGGUUGCAUUUAUUUUUUUUAUUUUCAAAAGCACUUCUGUAAAGAGAAUAUGUAUAUUUUUGUUUAGGCUGUGUGUGUGUAUAUAUAUAUUUAUAUAUUUUGUCCAUUUGUUCUUCAGAGAUUUUUACAAUCUUGUUUUGUUUGUAUCAAAGAGCACUUAAUUCUAUAACCAGAUCUGUAAAUAUUAUUGUGAUGGCUCACUCCUUAUCCACUGCAAUGCAUAUGUUGAAUUUUGAAUAGUUCUUUGUAACGUAUAUGUAGUACAACAAAACCCUGUAAAGAGACCUGCAGUGGUUCUUAUUCACUUUUGCAAGCCUAAGAUGGUUAGGGGGAAAGCUACAAGUAUAAAGUUUUCAAGGUGGAUGGAGCUUGCAACCUUUAAUAAAGUAAAAUGUUGCACUUCA